CAGAAAGACGUUUUCGGCCUCGAUGCAUCUUCGUUCCCUCUCACAGUCGCCUAGAGACUGGUUUUGACGAUGACUGUCACAUUUGCUGAUCUUGCUGCGCCGUGAUGGUGAUGCUGCCAUCUGUCCUCUUUUUGGCCGUCUUAUCGUCGGUGGCGGCGGCGUCGCCCCUGCAGCGGAUCCUCCAGGCCGCCAAUGAGACGGAUCCAUCCCCUGAUCUCCCUCCAGGCUGGCGUGACCCAAAGAGGCUGAAGCUCCUCCAGCUCUCUCUCGUCUUCCGCCCGGCCGAUGUGGUGACCGAUGCAGUCGAGCAAGGCGACAACAUCCUCCCCUACACCGAGAUGGAAGAGCUCGUGAGCUGCGAUUCGUGCCAAGAGGAUGCGGCCGCAUUGUUUGAGUGGUCUCACGAGGCCGGGUUGGCGCCCAACGAGACAAGAUCCAUCUUCGAGGACAAUCUUUGCGUCGUCCCCUUCAUCACCUGCGUGCGGCUGAGCGAGGCGCUGGCGGACGGCGGCCCGCGAGAGGGCUACCUUAUCGUUCUGACGGGGUUUCCCGGCGACAGAGAGAUAUCGGAUGUGCCGGGGAUCUUGCAGCAGCGACGGGGGAGGCCUCUCGUCUUUUCGGAUGCUUUCUAUCGGCUGCGGCACGUGAUGUGCCUCUGGUCCUACCAGGUGCCCAUGCAGGGGACGCUGUCCGAUGAGCUUUCCAAAGUGACCUCUUUACGCGCCCUCUUCCUGUUGGGAGCGGUGAGCUGCAUAUCAUACGCACAUCCGCUCACUCAUCCACCCACAUGUUUGUGUCUGUGCUGUCUGUCAUGCCAGGGCCCCUUGGCAGGGCCGCUUCCCAGCACCAUCGGCGAGCUGCCUUAUCUCAAGGGCCUGUACAUUCAGCAGGAGAUGGUUGCCAUCAACGGCCCCAUCCCACCCUCCAUCACCAGUCUACCGCGCCUCGAGGCCCUCACACUAACAUCGACGAGCUUCUCAGGGUCCAUCCCUGAAGACAUCGGCAAUCUCAGGAGGCUGCGCGCCCUGGAGAUAUGGGACAACAAGAAGAUGAACGGAACCUUCCCCGCCAGUGUGACGUCUUGCCGCAACCUCACCCGACUGAAGCUCGAUGGCACCGGCCUCUCGGGCCGUCUGCCCGGCGACCUGGGCACCCUCUCCCGCUUGGACGAGCUGACGCUGGCGAAUAACGGGCUGAGUGGGGAGCUGCCCCGGUCGCUGGUGCAGCUGAGGCGGCUGCGGGUGCUGCUUCUGACCAACAAUGGGUUCAAUGGGUCGCUGCCGGACGGGCUGGGGACCAAGAUGGACAGCCUGCGACAGCUGGAUGUGUCGUUCAACGAGGUAGGCAGAGCACAACCAGCAUGAGCGCGCAGAUGCGUAUUUGAGAAUGCCUCUGUAUGUCAACAACUGCCUGUUUCUCUCUCUGUCACCAGUUUUCCGGUCCAGUGCCGGCUUCCUUGGGCAAUGCGGCCAACCUGACGUUUCUGAGUCUGGAGAGGCAGGAGCCGGGCUUCAGCGGCCCGAUGCCACCGGAGCUGGGGCAGCUCAGCAAGCUGCAGCAACUCUCAAUCGCUUACAACAAGGUACACACACACACACACACACACACGUAUGACGCACUCUCCCUGUCCACAAUUGUUGUUUGUGUGUGCAGCUUUCCGGUACGCUGCCGGACACGUUGAGUGGCUGGAGAUCGGUCGAGUAUCUCGACUUGCGCAACAACAACUUCUCCGGCACUCUGGAGCCGCUGAGCAACCUCACGUCGCUCGAGGCGCUGAGGGUGUCCAACAACUCGGUGAGCAAGAAAGGCACACAAAGGGGAAGGGCAUUUGGCAAAUGCUUGUGUCUGUGCUGUUGGUGGCUGCGUGUCAGUUUGGUGGCCAUCUGCCCUUCGGCUUUGAGAGCUUUGAGAACCUCACCAGAUUCGAUGGAUCCAACAACAGGUGCGUGCGGAGCGCACAACACGCGCCGACAUACUGUGGAUGGAUGGAUGGAUGGAUGGAUGGAUGGGGUGUCAGGCUGGUGGGUUUGGUGGGCCGUGAUCACAGUGGUCCGGCCUACGAGAGCAUCCGUCGGCUGGACGUCCACUCCAACCUUUUCGAGUUAUCGCCCGACCUGUCCGUCUUCCCCAACCUCGAGUACGCCGAUCUCCACAGCAACCUUAUAACGGGAUUCUCGGGCAAUGGAUCCAUCCCACGAUCGUAAGCCACCAGGCCAAUGAACAGACAGACAGACAUGAGGGAUGGAUGGAUGGAUGGUGUUUGUGUGUCUUGAUAAACAGGUUGCGUUACCUGGACUUGCGCGACAACCGGCUGACGGCGCUGCCGGAGGGCUUUCGGUCGAUGCCCAGCCUGGAGACGCUCUACGUCGCCAACAAUCGCAUCAACCGGACAGGCUGGCCCAUUUGGGGCCGCACCCCCGAUGGAUUCUGCCAAUUGGGGCAACUCAGUGAGCUCCUGACACACACACAUACACACGCGCGCACGCGCACACAUACACACACAGACACACACAGAGAGAGAGAGAGAGGCAGAGGCGGGCAGGUCGUGAUGCAUGGUCAUGUGUGUGAUUCUAACAGACUCGAACGUGAUGCGGCAGCUGCUGGAUCCGCGUGUCGCCCCGCCCGACUGGGGCAGCUUGACCGACCUGGACGUCUCGAACAACCCCAUCAAUGUCGACGUCACCGACUUCCUAAUGCCGCUCAAGUGGCAGAGAAAGUAUGUUGCUUGCACGCAAUCUUCCCUGGCAUGUGGCCGUUCCCUCCAAAUGAAAUCGACCUUCUGCCUCUAUGUGUUCUUGUCAGCUUGAUGGUGCUCACUGCGGCGAAUUGCAGCCUCUACGGCGCGAUGCGUUGCGAGGCCUUCGUCGCGUUGAACCCCCAGGAAGUGCAGCGCUUCGAUAUCGGCACGCUUGACCAGGAGACAUCGGUAACACCCCCGCCCCCCUCCUCCCACUCCUGCCCAACACACGCAGAUGUCACGGCAAGGCGCUCUCCUGUCUGUGUGGGUUUGUUCCUUCAUGCAGUUGUCGAACAAGAUGCUGCAAACACACUGGGCUUUCCCCACCUUGACGUCAGUGCACAUGAGGGACAACAGCAUCACGGCCAUCGACACGGGGGGCGUGAGGCUGGAAAAGCUCUACCACGCCGAUUUCCACAAUAACUCCCUCGUGACGAUUGCUAGCGGCCACGGCAGUUGGGAAGUGUUCCAUGUCGAGUACGCCCGCUUCACCGAGAACCCCGACCUGAGGUUUGACGCGGUCACCGACAUGGAUAUCGAGGUCAGUUAGUGAGUGAUCCACACGCCAUUUCCCUUCCUCUCCCCGCACUGCAUUCAUACCGUCCCUCUGUGUGCUCUACCUCUGCCUGCGUGUGGUACCUCUAACUAACAGAAAUGUCAGGAUUUGCGAAAGAACUUCAGCCGGAUGAGCACUGCGAAGCCCCUGGUGCCCGAUCCACAAGGUAUGUACGCCCUGCCCUCCUGAGUGCACUUCACUCACUGCGUUGGCAUAGACGAGACACGGUCUGUGUGACGGGACGGGUGUGUGCAGGCUACCUGGUGCGUGACAUCGAAGGCGAGGAGGACGAGUACGAAUGCACCGAGUUCUGCUCCAUUUUCCACCAGAUUGAGGUCAGUCCGCCAGCCCCCGACACAGAUCCUUCAAUUGGUGUGGCUUGUUGUGUCUGUCUGACGCACGCGGACAACACAGGUCGACGACACCUUCAACUCUGAGAAGCUCUGUCGGUGUGUGGGCGGCUACGAGGGCGUCGGCACCAACUGCACCAAGUGCCGAGCCAACACCUUCUCCAACAGACAAAUCGGCACCAAGACAUGCCAGGACUGUCCCACGGGCAGAGGUAGGUAAAAGCAGCCGGGACUCACAUACAUACCCACGAGCAAGCCAAGCUCACGUACCUGUCCUGUUUGUCGGCCUGCCUGCGUCCAGUGACGUCGAAGGAGGGAGCCGUGAUCUGCGAGUGCGACAAGGGGUACAAGGCAGUGGGCGAAAGCGAAUGCGCGCUGUGCGAGAAGGGUAAGAAGGUACACGCAGACAUACAGAGCACUAUGCGCCUGUGUGAUUGCAGGUUCCUACAAGGAAGACACUGGUUCGACGCCGUGCACCCCCUGCCGCAACGAGAAGUUCUCCUCCCUGCCCGGUUCGCAAUCGGAGAAAGACUGCUUCUGCAACGCAGGAUACAUCAAGUACGUCUGUCACGUCACAGCCCCCUCCCCUGCCCUCCCCCAUCUAGCCAGGCAAGGCACACCUCUCCCUCUCUCCCUGUGUGUGCAGGAACCCCAAUGACACUCAAUGCAUGGAGUGUCAAAGGGGUCUCAACUGCUCGGAACCCAUCCUGUUCCACCCCCGGGUGGAAGAAGGCUUCUACCAGCUCGAGGUCAACCUCACCAUCCUCCCUAAACACGCCCAUUCAGAUGGGCCUGAGGAGCUGCACACUGACGGUCAGAAGGGGGGUCGCAGGCGGCUGCUGGAGUGGACGUGGAACUCCAGCCAUUACAUUCCGAUACCGAAGCUCACGGACCUGGGGCUUCCCCUUCUAGUCGACAACAACACACACAAACGGAGAAUGACCUCGUAAGCAAUCUGACAAGUGGUGUGAAGGAGCAGCCAUCCACACACAGUGUGUGCUGUUUUUGUGUUGGCGCGUUUGUGUGUGCAGGUACGACGCGAAAGUGACGGCGCUGCCUGUGGUCGUGGAGUGCCCUGCCCGCGACGCAUGCCUCGGAACCGAAAGAGAGACAGGCCUCAACAAGUGCAAGGUGCGUGUGAGAUCUGCCUGUCUUUGUGUGGGUGUGUGCUGAUCGAAUUGGCCCACCCCUCCCUCUGUCCGCAUUAUGUCUGGUCUGUGUGUUGCUUGCAGACGGGCGAGGGCGGGUUCCUGUGCGGCUUCUGCCUGCAGGGCUACACGCGCACGAACCCCUUCACCGUGUGUGCCAAGUGCAACACGUAUGCGCAGGACAUGGCGACGGGAAUCGUGUCGCUCUUCGUGGCGCUCAUCUUCAUCUUCUUCCUGACAUUCCUCUCGCAACGAGCCGCCGCGCUGCCGAGAGCCAACAUCCACUCGAUGCUCAUCAAGAUGGGACUCAACCACUUCACCGCGGUCAGUCAGAGAGAAAGAGAGAGAGAGAGAGAGGGGAGAGGGAGAGAGACCUCCCGUCUCACACACAACAUCAACGCACACACGUACGUCAUCCCGCCACAUACGCAUCCCUGUCUGUGCCUCCCUCCCUGUCUAUGCCUCCCCCCUCCCUCUUUGUCCAUUUCUUUCUUCAGCUGAGUGGUCUGGCCUACUUCAGUGCCUACAAGACCCGGUGGCCCUCCUGGGCAAAGGACACGCUGGAUAGCGUGUUCUCGUGGGACGGGGGCAUGCCGGUUUCCUACGGCAGCUCGGAGUGCAUCAUGCGGGACCGCCUGGGCGACGACGCCGUCCUCUGGAAACACGGCCUCUGGAUCAUCCUGCCCGCCAUGUGGCUCCUCGCCGUCACUCUGCUUGGUGGGGAGUGGCAUGUGGGUGGUGCUGGGGGCGGCGCGCAUGGUUGUGUGUGGUGUGGUGUGGUGUGUGUUAGGUGGCAUUGCGGUGUUGGUGCGGUAUUACCUGUUGGGCCACGAGAGUCGGUACAGCCUUGGGGAUUUGAUCAUGUUCCUGCUGCGGCCGUGGAUGUGGACGAGGGCCUUCGACUCCGACUACCCCACACACCACACAAGACCCACAACGCCCCACACACGCAGGUGUGUAUCUAUCGUAGCCAAACCACCAUACACUCGUGACGCCCAAAGACAAACCAUAUCUCAUUAACCAUGUCAUCUCCUUUCCUUUGCUCCUUUGUCUGUAACACGGUUGUUCCUUCUUUGACCCAUUCAGCACGACGCCCACCCGAUCCAAGACCCCAUCUAAGCGCCCCUCCAUCCACAGGAGCAAGCUCGAACAAGAGCAACAGCAACAGCAACAGCAGCAGCAACAGCAGGCCGAGCAGCAGCACCGGCGCGAGUCGCUCGCAUCUACCGCCGUCCCGCCCCUCUCCGAAAGCGAGACGCUCAACGCCCUGACCGAUAUACACGCCCAGGACCAGGCCCUGCGGAGCCGCAACACGGCUGACUUGGCGACAGUUGAGGAGGGCCGUGCGAUGGGAGAGAAGGAUGACGGUGGGAGCGGGAAGGUUGAGGUGGCGGUCGUGAAGUCGCGGGAUGAGAGAGAGGUUCAGAAGCCUCCGGAGUCCGUCAAAGUGCUGGGCAUCUUCCAGGUGGGGUGGGCUGGAUGGUGUGGGGCUGGAUCGGGGGCGUCUGAAUGGGUGGAGAGGUCAUGGUCAUGUCAUGGGCGUGUGCAGAUAAGCUGGAAUGUGGGUACGCCCUGGUGGCACUCGAUCUCCACUUUCCUCGGCCAGUGCGCGCCCCUGUGGAUCGUCACGCUCACAUUCGCACACCCCAGUAAGCAAUGCCAUCCAGUCACAGCAGAGCAGGCCUGACGGCUCCAUGAUUGAGUGGGUGUCCUCCUUGCCUGCCUGUCUAUCUGCCCGCCUCUCAGCUGUGACCAGGAACAUGCUCGAGUUGCUACGGUAAGCGAGCUGAGCUGAGCUGAGCUGAGCUGACGAAAACUUCUUCUCAGGUGUACUUGGAGGCAUCUGCCUGUCCGUCUCUCUGUGUGUCUGUUGUCUCUUCUUGCAGAUGUCAGGAGUAUCCCUGGCUGCAGCCCGAGUACACGACCAACACGAGAUACGUCGACAUGAAGGAUGAGGCCCACAUCCAGCGCAGGCUGGUCAUCAACCCAAACAUCAUCUGCUUGUGAGCCACUGCCCCCCUCCUCCCUCCCUCCUUCGCCCCUCCCCUAUUUGAUUUGACGCCUUCCUGCCUGCCUGCCCGUCUGUCUGUCUGUCUGUCUCUCUGUCUGUCUGUAAGCGAUGACGCUCAUGAGUCCUUCUGGAUCAUUGCUGUCGUGGGGUUUUGUCUGUGGUCGAUCCUGCCGGUGUUUGUGCUGCUGACGGUGCUGUGCCUGCAGCGGUCCAACCUGCACCUUCCCGAGACCAGGGCUCGAUUCGGCUUCCUGUACAACGUAGGCAGCCAACACACGCACUGAGCGACGGGAGGCAUGGCGUCAUCCCGCCCCUGUGGUGUGUGGGUCGCUCCUGUGUGCAGGGAUACCGCCGCAACUUCUUUUUCUGGGACUCUGUCUUUGCGCUGCGUCGUGUGUUAGUGCUGAUGAUAGCGCAGCUGGCGGUGGGCGCCGCGCCGUUCCAGCUCGUGGCCUGGGCUGUGGUCGCCAUCGGGUCCCUCACCCUACAGCUCAUCGUACACCCCUUCGACCAUCGCAACUUUGAUAUCCUCAAUCGCAUGGAAGUCCAGGGGUCAGUCAGCACACCCACACACGGACAGGCAACACCUGCCUCAUAGAGAUCAUUCUCUCUCUGUGUUGGUGUUGGUGUCAGUUUGGCGAUAUGGACGGGCUCGAUCCUGCUCAUGCAGGUGGUGAUUAUCAUCAACUGGAACAGCACGAUCAACGCCGUGAUUGUCAUCAUCGUGGCGGCCCUCAACAUCGCCCACUACAUCAACCUGGGCCUGCUCAUCUCGCGACACUCGCUCGCACAUGCCGCAUACCAGUACACCAACGCCACCGCGGGCAAGCAGCGCGCUGCUGCUGGUACGAAGAUGCAGUCAGUGUCUUCUUCAUUCACUUCACAUAGAAAGAAGAAAGACCCAACAGCAGGCAGCCAUUGAUAUGGUUCAAUGCUUGUGCAGGUCUGGGCAUGAUCAGCCCGCUGUUCGAGUACUUCAUCCGUCAGGAGGAGAAGCGCCGCGAGGCCAUGCCCAAGGUCUUCCUGGACUGGGCCACCGGCUACCUCGACCUGAGGCAGGGCCGCAGACGGUCCUCAUCCGGCACUGGCACAUCAUCAGCCGCAUCAGGGGUCGGCAGCGGGGGCGGUGGCCCGCCCAGCCCCACCCACAAAGACGACGUCACACCGAGGGCUAACACUCACUCCAACGGGAAGAUGCCGACAGGGGAGCUGGGGGGCGAGACCACCCGGCUGACGCAGACCGAGUCGAUGGCCACCGCCCGCCCGUGGACGCCCUCGGCCGCGCUGGCCAUGUGGCGACGAAACAGCGAGAAGAGCGCCAUGACCAAGCUCGCGUGGUGGUCAGUGCACUGCCGUGCCUUCGCACACACAGAGAGAGGUAAGGAUGGCCCGACGGUACUGUGUGUGUCAGGUGCCCCCAUGGCUUUGGGUUCAGAGGUGGGCUGACGUCGACGACUCUGGGGGGCGAGGAGGGGGCGCAGGACGGCCGGCAGCGGACGAUGCCCAAGCUGCAUGGCGGGGGCAGCGCCGCUGACGUGCGGGUGGGGGUGACGGUCGUCCGCAUGACCGCACACGCCAUGCAGGAUGCCAUCGAACUUCUGCAGAUACACAAGAUUCCACCUGGUGCGUGAGACUUUUGUGUGUGUGUGUGUGCAUUGUGUUGUCUUGCGGAUUCAACUUGUGUGUGUUGGUGUUGGUUCGUCUGGACAGAUUUGUCCGAGUUUUUCUGGAGUCAGGCGUUUCUAUUCCACGCUCUGCGAAUGAAGAUCGUCCAGGACAGGGAAGACCCCAAGAGUGAGGGCUGGCACACACACAGCUGGACACCCGUCAGGCACUAAAUGAAUGGCUGCCACAUCUUGUGUGUGUUGCCUCUCAUCUCAUCAGAGGAGCAGGUGAUCGUCAUGCCCCACCCUCUAGACGAGAACACACAGGCAAGCAGACAGACAGACAGACAGACAGAUAAUGCGGGGGGCUCAGCCUUUCAAGGCAUUCACAUCCAUGUCUCCCUCUCUCUCUGCUUUUGUCGCAUGACAUGGUCUGUCUCUCAGGGUCUGCGUCAGAUGAGCAGUGAGGACCUCUCCCACGCCAUCAAGGAAGUCGGCGGCACCGACCUCAAGCACGCCUCCCUCCUGCUCCAGGCCAAGAGCAACAAGAUGAACAAAUCAGAGGGACACCUCAGCCCAUCCAUCGCCCGCUCAAACCGACGCCGCGGCUCCUCACCCGCCACGCUUCUCAGCUCCCAACUUAACAAGGCCAGGACCAAUGUCGACUCGGGCGGCGUCAAGGGCGACAACACAUCUUCAGAGGGCAGCCGCUCGCCCCACUCGCCAAUACGGUCGCGCGACAGAAGGCACACGCUCGGUGGCGUCGACUCCAGCCAGAUGCGGUCGAUAUUUACCGAGACCGAGACCAUGUUCGACAUCCCGGCCGCCGUCACCGAGUCCAUCUCCAGCCUGCCCGAGUCGACGACGGCCGAGGGUAUGAGGGCGCCGCAUGGUACGCCCCACGCUGUGAGCCACGCAGUGAGCAUCGUGGACAGUCGCCGGAGUGAUAGCCAUGGGAGCCACCUGGGCCACGACGUAGAUACUGAGGGCGGGGGAAAGGAAGAGGCAGCGGGGGUGUCGAAGAGCCCGAGCGUUCCACCUGCACGGUCAGCCAGCGAGCCACUGGCAGGCAGGCAGGCGGGCAGACGGACAGGCAUUCGAUAUCUCUGGUGACUCUCUCUCUCUCUCUGUGUCUGUUGUCUGUCUGCAGCCAUGGGUCCAUCUAUGGCGUCCCUCUAGACGAUUUCCAGGCAAGCGCCAAAAACAGGCCAGGCCAUCACGCAAAAGGAUGCGUUGCAUGAUGUCUUCCCCUUUUCUUCUGCGUGUAUGUGCAGUUGAACCUGUCGUAUGUGGUAGACGAGCUGGUGACCCGCCAGCACCAGUACGAGAAGACCCUGCGUGCCCGUCGUCGGCACGGCGAGGUGGUGGUCGAGGACAAGGAUAAGCCGGGCGGAUGGAUGGGCCUCUACCUCGCCUUCAGACAGGCCAAACAGAAACUCAUUCAGGCCGGCACACAGCCGGUGAGGGAGAGAGAGGAACGAACAGGCAUAUCAUGGCCAUGAACACAUUAUUGGUUGGCUGCUUCAGGAGGAUGUGCCGGCAGCGUUGGCGAGCUACGCGUCUCAGAAGGACUUCGCCCCCCCGAACAUCGUCAACAUUGCCAUGCAGCAGUCGCCUCUCUCCCAGUCCUCACCUGCCGCAGCAGCGGCUGGCACUUUGGUCGGCACCAGCUACCCCGCCAGCGUCGCAUCCAACGGCGCCAACGUCAUCGAGCGCCCUCCGUUGGAUGCGCGUUCCGUCUCGAUGCCUCGACACCCCUUCUCCACGGUGCGGCUGCAGCCGACGUCCAUGUCGUCCGACAACGUGGGCACCUACUACGGCACCUACCCCAACGAGAUCAGAGGCAGCCUCUCGGGCUCCAGCAGCGGCAUCUACGUCCCCAGCCUAUUCCACGCCGGCUCGUCCAGUGGCUUCACCGAGUUUGCAGAGGCCGUCUACCGUGACGUCGGGCGCUCGGCCGCCAUGCGCACAGCGGGCCAGGCGCAGUCCGUCGGGCAGCACCCCAAACGGGGCGGGAGCGAGGAGCGUGUUGACGUGCUGCAGCAGAGAGAGAAGGGGAGGGGGCGUGGCAAGGUCAUGACACGCGGCGCGAGUGAGCCGGUGCACCAGGCUACUGGUGAGUACACCGACCAGGAUGUGGCCGACGAGGACAUGAUCAAGUGGUCAGAGCUGGAAAGCGCGACAAAGGAAACUGAGGAGCCCGACAGCGGCCCCGCCAGCAAUGGCCACGUGCCACUGCCAUCCGAGAGACACCCCACCGUAAGCAGGGAAGAGCAUGCACAGCAGAGGAGUACAAUGACUGAUUGCAUGGUGUCUGUCUGUGAUGUCUGUGUAGGCACUGGCCAACAUCGUGUUGGAGGGCCUUCAGAGAUUCGUGCAGGAUGCCGACCGUCAGCAGCUGCGGGACAUCCUCGGCAGCCGGUCGAACAGCAGACGGUCGCAUGAGUCGGAGGGCACCACCCAGGAGCAGCAGACCAGCGCCACCAGCAGCGGCAACCGACGCACGACACCGCAGCGGUCGCCGCCACCAACCACCAGGGCCAGGGAGAAGUCACCCAAUCCGAGACUCUUUGGCGGUCCCUGAUGAGCAAGAGGGAGGGUUGAGGGGUGAGGGGGGUGCGGCAGGGUGUUUUGCUGAUAUAUGUCACUAUGUUAUUUGGUUAAUGCCUGAGGGCAGGUUGGGAGGGAAAGGUGGCUCGGUUGUAUGGGCGUGCGUCCCUCUAUCGAUUGCUCUCAGAGCGAUGCUUUUGUUGGUUAUGGGGCAGGGGUGCCACACGCAUAACCACAUGCACAUCUGUGCAUCCACCCACAUCACGAUAGCACGAUAUCAUGACCGACCGACGGAUCGAUGUCGAUGUUAUUUGUCGUGUGGUGUGUCCGUCCUGUGAAGUGUUGGUGUCUUGUUUGUUGUCGUUGUUGUUGUCCGGAUCGGAUAGACAGCUCAGCUGUGAUGGAUGUGAGAGACGUGCGUCUCUUUUUGGUCACAGAUCUAUCUAGCUAGCUAGACAGACAGACAGACAGACGAGAGAAUAUUAUUGGUCAUGCAGCGUGACGAUGUGGUGUGGUGUGGUGUUGUGUGGCGUGCUGCAUGUCAGGACAGCGCACACCACCUGUUGCAUUUGUGCGGGCGGGCGCUGCGAUGAGGGGCGGGAAGGCUUUAGGAGUCAGUGGUUUUAUCGGAUGGUGGAUGUGCCAUGGCGACUCAAUUAUACCCAAGACCGCGCGAUACACUCGUA